AUAUGCCAUGCUCGUUUUCUAUGAUUGUUUUCCGUUUUACAAUGGACAUAUACCUAGUAUGGGUAGUCAUAUAACCUGUUUCAUUUGCUAAUGGUAUCUCUAUAUCUUGGGACCAAGAGUUUGCUGCUGGAAACCACUGCCCCAGAAUUCAGUGAAGCUCAAUACAGGAGUAGCUGUCCUUAACAAUGAUUGGGUAUUGGUUUGGUUGAUAUCGUAUGAAAUGAGGGGAGGAGUUUAUUUUGCGAGUGUCAAAACCUUUGAGCAAUAAAUAUCCUGCAGAGGCAGCUGCGUAUGGCGUCAGUUUGGCUGCAGAGAGUUUGGACGCAGAAGACAUGCUCUCUAGUGGCCAAUGUUUUGAUUGUUUCAGCUGUCCCUAAGAUGUACUGAUGAAGAAGUUGCCCAUGCCUGAGUAAAUUGGCAGCUAGUUUAAUCCCUGUAACGUGAUUCCUCUCUUAGCUUUUCAUGUAAUCCAUGUGCAGUUUCAGCCCGCAUAUAAUUUCCAUCAGAGUUUUCAUGAUAGACAAAAGACAGGAACUUUACAUGGAAUCUGAAUUUUGCAACUACAUUUUUCUAGGUUGGAAAAUCCAAGGUCGUGUUUCUGCUAUUUUAUUUUUGGACGUGUUCUCCAAUAGCAAUAGUCUUGCCGCCUGAUAGAAUCUUUAAUUUAGAGCAAAUCUCUAGAAGGGGCUUGCUAGUUUCAUCGUAAUUUCCCAUAAUGGACCAUUGCCCUGUGCGUAAGCUAUAGAACAAUUUUUUUUUUGUUUUAACUACACAACUCAGCAAAAAGCUUUUCUCUAUGGGCUUGUAUGCAACAUAAUCCAAUGUUAGGUAGCUUGUCAAUUGCACCUAAAUUUGGCUUUAGAAAUUUAUAUAACAGAUGUAUGUAAGAACCAGGAAAUGACUAGGAAGCUUGUUUGCCGGGACCGAAAGGAAAACAACUCAGUCGAUUCUAACAUUAAUUUCCUCGAAACUACUUGCAAGACUUGACUUUUAUCAAUCAACACGUGUGCCCCGAAGCAUUCUUAUUACAUAUGGGAGACUGUCUAGGGAGAAAACAGCAAAACAUUUCAAUGGAUCGAAACCUGUCUUCUGGGCCAUCUGGAAGAACAGGGCGGGCAAUAAUGAUCAUGGAUGAAAAGGAUAUCAUGAUCGAAAUACUUCAUCGACUACCCUUGAAGUCCUUGUUGAUAUCCAAAUGCGUGUGCAGAUCGUGGAACCAUCUCAUCUCAGAUCCUAUAUUCAUAUCCAAUUACUCGCGUAGAAACCCACAACAUCAUGUCUCUGGUUUCUUCUUACAAAAAUUCUUGUUUCUUGAACAGUACUCGAAACUUGAGUUCAUUACAUGUGAAGGACAGGAUGAUGCUGCUCCUGAGCCAUCUCUUUGUUUCAUUGAAGAUGAUCAAGGUGUUUGUAUACAACAUUCCUGCAAUGGCCUUCUUCUAUGCAGCAGUUUUCGAUGCCAUGAAGAUGAUAGGAAGUACUACAUCUGUAAACCCACCACUAAGCAAUAUCACCAACUGCCUAAACCUGGAUGCAAGAUUGUGUUUGGCAUUAACAUAGCAUAUGAUCCUACCAUAUCACCCCAUUACAAAAUCAUAUGCGUAUGUGACUCCAAAGCGAUUAAGAUAUAUGAUUCAGCCAUAGGAUCAUGGAGAGUCUCAGGAAGUUAUCAAUUUUUUUCCCAUGUUUUGUUAUUCAAUAGAGGUGUCUUUCUGAACCGUGCAUUGCAUUGGAUUAGCAGAGGAGCCUUGGCACUUCGAUUUGAUAUUGAACAAGAGCGUAUGCUCACAAUGCCAAUGCCUCCAAUCCCUGAGGGGCGGUCAGAGAGGAGAUUGGGAUAUUUCGGUGAAUCGGGAGGGCAUCUAUGUCUCAUUGAGAUAUAUGGUCCUAUAACUACUUGCUUUGAUGUGAUGAGGAUGGAGAGUGACUAUUCAGGCUGGUCGGUGAGGUACCGUGUUGAUCUUUCUAGAAUAGCGUCUUCCUUUCCAUCAAUGGUGAGGAACAAUGUGCAGGACAUCCAUCGUUACUUGUUCUCUAUACUACAUCUAGCUGACAGAUCACAAGUAGGAGAAGAUGAAUCAUCCAUGUGGCUGCAUAUUCCAGGCACAUUCAUCUCCUACAACCUUAAAGACGGAAAAUGGAGCAAGCUUCGAAGUAUUUUACAUCAAAUAAACAAGAUUGAAGAAGGUAUGGGAUUAUGGCAUUCAUGGGAGGGAGUCCAUCCAUAUACCAAUACUCUUUGUUACUUUUGAUUUGUCUUUAAUCACUUUCAUAAACGACUACUAAAUAAGUCUAAUUACAAGCUAGCUAGCUAGUUUCAUUACUUGAUUUGAUAUGCUACACACGCACGCACGCACACGCACUGAGAUUAAUCGACUUUUGAUUUGAUCUUUAGUAAUUGACUGUUUUCAUCCCAUGUUCUUCCACUUUCUGGAGUUUCUUGUCGCUAUUGUUCCAUUUAUGGCAAAUAAUAAACAGUAGAAGCUUUCUUUCA